AGACAAGAGUAGAGAGAGAAAGAAAAAAAUACAUCUAUUUUUCUAGCUACGUGUCUACCUACUACUCCACAAAGCACGUAAAUUGGUGUUCUCUGGUCUUCUCUUCAUUUUCAUUAGUGUUUACCGUGUUUAACUGUAUCAUACUAUUAUAAAUCAUAAUUAAAAUUAACUAUUCAGAUUGUGAGUAAGACGUGACCCAAAGAUAAAAACUGACAAACAAAUCCACGUUGUCUCGCCAUCUUGAAAAUUAAACUAGAUAAUGAGUACUGAUAAUUGUGGAAGACUAAUUAAAGAGGAAGAGGAGGAGGAGGAAUAUAAUGCAGUACAAAUGAUUAUCACAAAAUAUGAAUUAGAGCCAAACCAAGUCGGAAGUGAAGAUCUCAUUGAUGUUGUUGAUCAUGAUUUGAAAUUUGAAAAGUACUCUGAAGAUGUAAAAGUACCCUCAGAUUGUGAGGUAUGUGGUGGUUUGCUUAGUCCAACCGAUUUCUUCAGCCCUGAUCAUUCAAAAUUCUGUUAUAACUGCCAAUGCCAGAAUGGGUCUAAUUCUAUGCAAGGCGAAGAUAAGGCUCUGGAUUUGAAACAACUUACUUCAGAUCCUGGAAACCCUCUAUUUAAAACCCAAGAAGAAACAAUUGUUGAUAAGGAAGAGGAGGUUAUCAAUGAAAAUAUUUUGAAAAGACAUGAAAAAACUCAUACUGGUGAAAAAUCAUUUCAGUGUAAAAUCUGCUCUAAAUUAUUCAGUCGAAGUGGUACUUUGAAAAUACACGAAAAAAUUCAUACUGGUGAAAAACCGUUUCAGUGUACACUCUGCUCCAAAUCUUAUAUUCAAAAGUAUAGUUUGAAAUUGCAUGAAAAAAUUCAUACUGGUGAAAAACCGUUUCAGUGUAAAAUCUGCUCUAAAUCAUUCAGUCUACGUGGUACUUUGAAAAUACAUGAAAAAUUUCAUAUUGGUGAUAAGCAAUUUCAAUGUAGACUCUGCUCCAAAUCUUUUAUUCAAAAGACUUGUUUGAAAUUACAUGAAAACAAUCAUACUGGUUUGAAACCAUUUCAGUGUAAAAUCUGCUCUAAAUCAUUCUUUCGCAAAAAAGAUUUGAAUAGACAUGAAGAAAUUCAUACUGGUGUAAAACCAUUUCACUGUAAAAUCUGCUCUAAAUCAUUCAUUCGCAAAACUGAUUUGAAAACACAUGAAAGAAUUCAUACAGGGGAAAAACCGUUUCAGUGUAAAAUCUGCUCCAGAUCUUUUAUUCGAAAAGAUACUUUGAAACGGCAUGAAAAAAUUCAUACUGGUGAAAAACAAUUUCUGUGUGAAAUCUGCUCCAAGUCAUUCAUUCAUGAAGGUGAUUUAAAAAAACAUGAAAAAAUUCAUACUGGCGAAAAACCGUUUCAGUGUAAAUUCUGCUCUAAAUCAUUCAAUUAUAAAUGUGAUUUGAAAAACCAUGAAAAAAUUCAUACUGGCGAAAAACUGUUUAAGUGUGAAAUCUGCUCUAAAUCAUUCAUUCGUUGUGUUGAUUUGAGAAGACAUGAAAGAAGUCAUAGUGGUGAAAAACCGUUUCAGUGUAAGAUCUGCUCCAAAUCUUUUUAUCUAAAAAGUAUUUUGAAAUGCCAUGAAAUAAUUCAUACUGGUGAAAAGCGAUUUCAUUGUAGACUUUGCUCCAAAUCUUUUACUCAAAAUAAAAGUUUGAAAUUGCACGAAAAAAUUCAUACUGGUGAAAAACCAUUUCAAUGUAACUUCUGCUCUAAAUCAUUCAGUCAAUGUGGUAAUUUGAAAGUACAUGAAACAAUUCAUACUGGUGAUAAACCAUUUCAGUGUAACUUCUGCUCUAAAUCAUUCCCUCUACGAGGUCAUUUGAAAGUACAUGAAACAAUUCAUACUGGUGAAAAACCAUUUCAAUGUAACUUCUGCUCUAAAUCAUUUAGUGACUGUGGUAAUUUGAAAAAACAUGAAAAUAUUCAUACUGGCGAAAAAUCAUUCCAGUGUAAAAUCUGCUCCAAAUCAUUCAAUCAAUGUGGUACUUUGAAAAGACAUGAAAAAAUACAUACUGGCGAAAAACCGUUCCAGUGUAAAAUCUGCUCCAAAUCUUUUAUUCAAAAAAAUAAUUGGAAAAAGCAUGAAAAAAUUCAUAGUCAUUGAGAGAUUUAACUUGAUUCAUACUGCUCAAAAGUCAUUCACUCUAAGUGGGUUAUUGAGAAAUGAAAAACAUGUCUGUCGGAUAUAAUUCAAUGUCCAGCGUGGUAUUAGCCGGGGAAGCAGUUGUUUUCCUGCAGCUAUUUACCGGAAUUCACAGUGUAGCUACUUUGGGAAAAUUGAAUGUUUCGUGAUUUAAUUUCAACAUAUUUAUUUCCUUAAUUGAUUACUAGUUUAUCGGAUGAUAAAUAUGGAAAAUAGCAGUUUAGAAAAAUCAGUGCAAGAUACGUAAAAAAAUGAACACUGUAUCCUGUUUAUGUAACCUUUGUGAGAGACAUUAUAUUCUCAAAAUUCUACAUCGGAAUUAGAAAUUAGACUCUACUUAUAGGUUUUGUGGUAAAAUUGAUGUAAAUAUAUUUUUUUGAACAAAAAAUGUCACAGUCGCAGCAUAUUUAAUUAAAAUUUUAACACAUUACUAUUACUAAUAACCUUCGUCGGACAUUUGUUCUAUAUUGACCACAAUUACAGGUUGUGCAGUAUACAGAAUUAAAAUGAAGAACAGAAAAACUAAUUUGAGACAAUAAAUCCUUACAUAUAACUUUUUCUUUAAAUAAGUCACACAGAAAUAUAAUGUUGAAAAUUUUUUACGUGAGUUCAGAGACAUAGAGUUCAGGAUGUUUUGAAUUGUUGUUUUAGGGUUUUCAAAGAACUUCUCUGAACACGUUCAAUAUUGGCAAUAUGAGUAUGAUAGGACUUGUAGCCAAGG